GGUCCAAAGCGAAGGUUUUUGAUGGUGGUGACGAUGCUCGCCAUAUCUCCCCCUCCAUCCCCCUCCUUCGCCCCUCCCCUUUCCAUCUCCAGUCUCCGACAACGGCGUGGCCUACAUCUCUCCAAGAGAACGCCGACGAGGCGGCGCCGUAUCCUCGCUUCGAUCCCCGAUCCCGCGGAGCAUGCUCAGGUGGAGUACACUCCCUGGCUCAUCGUCGGCCUCGGCAACCCGGGCAACAAGUACUACGGCACCAGGCACAAUGUUGGGUUUGAGAUGGUUGAUAGAAUUGCUCGGGAUGAAAGAAUCCCUUUGAAUACUAUACAAUCCAAGGCCUUGUUGGGAAUUGGUUCGAUUGGUGAAGUGCCGAUUUUGUUGGUGAAGCCUCAGGCUUACAUGAACUACAGUGGAGAAUCAGUGGGUUCACUUGCAGCUUAUUACAAAGUUCCUUUGAGACACAUCCUUUUGAUUUACGACGAGAUGAGCUUACCAAAUGGAGUGCUGAGAUUUCAGCCAAAGGGAGGGCAUGGACAUCAUAAUGGAGUGAAGAGUGUCAUUGAGCACUUGGAUGGUAGCCGAGAGUUUCCUCGCCUUUGCAUAGGCAUCGGCAACCCACCUGGUAGUAUGGAUAUGAGAGCAUUUCUGCUUCAAAAAUUCAGUCCCACAGAGCGUGAUCAGGUGGACUCUGCUCUAGAGCAAGGAUUGGAUGCCGUGAGGACUCUUGUCCUCAAGGGUUUCAGUACAAACAUCAAUCGGUUCAACUUGAUACAGAAAUACAAGUACCACAAAGUGUGAAUCUACAAGAGCAGCUCAACUUUCGAGUUUAUUUUCACAUACAUGAUACAUCAAAUAUGUGCUGCAAUACACGUCACUUGUGCUACACAUAAGGCUUUGGAAUCUCAUGUUCUUUCUCUAGUCCUUGGUUUCAUUUUCAGAAAAUUGUGGAUGUUAUCUUGAUAACAUGGAUGAACAAGGCGAGUGUACAACAUUGCAAUGUACUGAAUGUUCUUGAUACCCAGUUUCUGAUGUAUCAAGACAAUAGCAAUGGCUUGCAAUGCUGACCAGGCAUUUGAAUCCGUGAGAAGAACGAAACUCCUUUAUAUCUUUA